CACACUGAGAGACAGACGAUAAGCUUCACCUUCAAACCAAAACAACCACCUCCACUGAAAGAGGACAGCUGCAGGAGGGAACACUGGGAUACUGGAGAAGUGUAAAACCACACCAUGAACUGGAAGAGCCACAACUCAAAGUGAAAGUAAUUUUCAAGUAAAUUUCUAGACUGACUUCACUGUUUGUUUGCUGUGGUUUCACUUUCACUCAAGGACAAAAUGUCUUCCAGAUCAGACGAGGAUCUCUCUUGUCCUGUCUGCCAUGACAUCUUUAAAGAUCCUGUUGUUCUGUCGUGUAGCCACAGCUUCUGUAAAGACUGUGUGGAUAGAUGGUGGAGGGGGAAAAAAGUACGUGAGUGCCCGUGCUGUAAGAGAAGAUCAUCAAAGAGUGAUCCACCUCGUAACUUGGCUUUAAAGAAUCUGUGUGAGGCCUUCUUACUGGAGAGAGCUCAGAGAGGUUCUGUGGGGUCUGACUCUGUCUGCAGUCUGCACUCUGAAAAACUCAGACUCUUCUGUCUGGACCAUCAGGAGCCAGUGUGUCUCGUCUGCAGAGACUCAAAGAGACACACAAACCACAGAUUCAGACCAAUUGAUGAAGCUGCACAGGAUCACAGAGAGGAGCUCCAGAAAACCUUGAAGCCCCUACGAGAGAAACUGAAGCUCUUUGAAGAAGUUAAAGGAAACUGUGUUCAAACAGCAGAACACAUUAAGGUCCAGGCCCAACACACAGAGAGACAGAUUAAGGAGCAGUUUAAGAAGCUUCGCCAGUUCCUACAAGAGGAAGAGGAGGCCAGGAUCGCUGCUCUGAGGGAGGAAGAGGAGCUGAAGAGUCAGAUGAUGAAAGAGAAGAUUGAGGAUCUGAGCAGAGAGAUAGCAGCUCUUUCAGACACAACCAGAACCACAGAGGAGGAGCUGAGAGCUGAGGACGACUCUUUCCUGCAGAACUACAAGGCUACAGUGGAAAGAGUCCAGCAGCGCCCCCUGCUGGAUGAUCCACAGCUGGUCACAGGAGCGCUGAUAGACACGGCCAAACACCUGGGCAACCUUACUUUCAACAUCUGGAACAAGAUGAAGAAUAUGGUCUCUUACACUCCUGUGAUUCUGGAUCCAAACACUGCCGAUCCAGACCUCGCCGUGUCUGAAAGUCUGACCUGUGUGAGAUCUGGAGAACAACAACAGCUUCCGAAAAACCCGGAGAGGACCAAAUUCUCCUGCUCAAUUCUUGGCUCUGAAGGUAUCAACUCAGGGACUCACAGUUGGGAUGUUGACGUUGGAGAUAACAAGGACUGGGAACUGGGUGUGUUGGGAGAGUACAUUCAGAUAAAUGAACGCCUACAGCCUGGACUGUGGAGAAUUUUGUUCUCCUGCGGGAAAUUCACAGUGUUCUCCACAUCAGGUACAGAAAGCGAUCUGACACUGAACAAGAAGCCCCGGAGGAUCAGAGUUCAGCUGGACUUUGACAGAGGAAAGCUGUCCUUCCGUGAUCCUGAUACUAACACACACAUACAUACCUUCAAACACACUUUCACUGACACCCUUUUUCCAUACAUUUAUACUGAGAGUCGCCUCCCACUGAGGAUUUUACCAGUGAAGGUUUUUGUGAGGGUGAAAAAGCAAAGUUAGAGAAUAUCAUGAUUGGGUUGGGCAAUAUGACAAUAUCUGCUGUGAGAGGAAAUUUGUCAAUUGUCACAGCUUUUUGAUUACAUUUAACAAGCUUUUUUUUUUUAUUAAUAUCUUCAGUUUCAUUAGACAACUGUGGGCAAUGCUGGAUUUAAAGGAUUGAUAAUGAUUAAAUUGUUGAAAAUGAUGAUUUUGAACACAAUCGUUCUCAUUUCUCAUAAUAAUAUUUAUAGAGUAGUGAUGAUUAGGGAUGGUGUUCAAUAACAUUUCAUCAAGUCUGAAUACAGUCUCGAAUCUGCUUAUCAAAUCCAAACCCUUUCAAAUCUCUUACUGUUUGCUGUUUUCUUGAUGGGGAAUGAAGACAUCUUCAUUAAAAGUUAAAAAAUGUACUGUUUUUAUUUCACUCAGUGCAGCAACAAAACAAAUCAUCUGUUUUGUGAAUCAAAAGAUAUAACUUGAUAUUUAAGAAUCUAGUUUCUUCUAAUCACAUUAAUAACACAGGUAUUGAAACUGCGGUAAUUAAAUAUCACACCUAAACAAUGGAGACUCUCCUGUGCUGAAGGGUGUUCACCUCAUAUUUUAUCACUGCUCUGGGACAUUCAUUAACACUGUCCUGACUCAUCUUUCCUUUUGGUGCGAGGGAAAAUGGUGUUUGCACCUCACUGUGCUGCAGCUGCAGAAGCUAUAGAAGCUAACGUAAAAAAAAUAGUAAUUAUAAUAAUUAAUUCUACUUUAUCAAUCAGUGGAUAUCAACCAAAUAAAUCACAGAUGUUUUUCACAAUGCACUUAACAUUACCUGAAGGUGAUCUCUCUGAUGCACUGCUACAGGUCACAGAAUCAGACGGGUCAUAGAAUACAGUGUAACACCAGCCGUGAGCUGAGGUCAAGCACUCGUCCUUCUCAAGUUAUCAAAAAUGCCACAAGUUCUAGUUAGCUUUGUUGUGAGCACCCUCCCACAAAUAUUACAUUUUAUAGUUGUUUCCUUGACUUUGGCCAUCUGCCAUGUUUGUUGUUCACGACAGCAUUGCUGAGUUAUCACGCAUUACUUGUUUUUUGUUUUUUUUUACCAAUGCGUGUAGUGUCAGAGAAAGGGAACUAAACAGAGGAUGCGUAUGAAAGAUUUGAUAAGGGAUUUGCUAGCUGCGGAGCUUGAGAAAUCUGGAUACUUUGCCAACUUGAAAGUGGAUCCAAAAUGAAACCGGUUAUUGACACCCUCCCUCUGAUAAUGGUGACGAAGCGUUGAUGAUGUUUUUACAGAUACCCUGACACUGUAUCUUUACUUUCUUCGUGUGAUGUAAAUACUUUUGAAAAAGGAUGUUGGGACAGUAUGUUGUGGGACAAAACGCUGUGAGAGAUCAGUGGAAUACCUCUUAAUGAGAAAAACAGAGGUUUCAUUUGAUAGGAAAGGCAGUAGGGCAGUAAUACUUAAAAAAUUGUGUUAUGCUAUGUUAACAGUAUAAAUGUUGACAAAACUAAUGAAAUGAAAAUUACAAAUGAUUUUCUAUAGCAGAAACCAAUCAAACUUGUUGUGAAUUUUCUUGGAUUUUUUUUUGGAUUACUCUG